AUGGCGAUUCCAAGUUUUGUUUUGGCAGCCAGUUGGAUUCCAUUUGUAGUCAUAUUAGUGCUGAUAUUGUUAUUUUCUAUUGGUUAUGUCAGAUAUUAUAUGAGUAAAUAUGAUAGUGAGGUCUCAUCAACGUUAGCAGCAAUAUUUGCUUUAGCUGUUGGUCUUUUUACCACAGCUCUGAUUCCAGUUGAUAUUUUCCUGGUAUCUUACAUGAAAGACUCAGAUGGAGAGUUUAAGGAUUGGGCUAAUGAUUCUACAGUUAGAACUGAAAUAGAGCAUUCCGUCCUGUAUGCCUAUCUUACUCUGUAUGGCCUGGUCUCCUUUUGUAUCUUCAUUCUGUUGCCGUUCAUGUAUUUCUUCUAUGAAGAAAAAGAUGAAGAUUCAACAUGUAAAUCUAGAUGUUGUACUGCCCUCAAAUAUCUAUGUGUUUUUAUCAUAUUUGCUGCUGUUUUAUUCUGUAUUGGAGCAUUUGUACCAACAAAAACAUUACCAAAUAAAAAUGAUACAGAAUGGAAACAAAUUGAGGCAUUGAUUGAAGAAAUGGGCAGUAAUGGAGGAGAAGAUGCUAUAUCAUUUACUAUAAGUGUGUUAAGUUUAAUUGGUAUGCUGCUACUGAUACUCUACACUGCUUAUGGUAUGUCAUCAUUACCUAUUGGUUUGAUAGUGGGUAGAUUGAAUGUUAAAAAAGAGAGGUUAGAGGUACAAAGUCAAAUCACAGAUACUGAGGGUCAAAUUGAUUCUAUAAAGCAAAGACAUGUAGGACGCAAAAAAAUGUCAAAAAAAGAUGAACGAAGAGUCGAAAAAUUACAAGAAUCAGAUCAUUUGAUGGAAAGAAGAUUACGUCAUUUAAUAGAGAAAGAAAAUAGCUGUGUCAAUAAGUGUAUGAAAGUUUUAAGACCGUUUGAAAUGAUAUUUGGUAUAUUAUUUGGUCUGUUGGCUGUAUUGAUUUAUUUUUCGCUAUUACUCAGCAACAUUGAUAAAGCUGUACAUAGUAAAGGCUACUCUAUUGGCUAUGCUCUACCACAAAGAACAUUACCAAAUCCCAUUGAUAUUGCUCUGGUCUACAGUCAAAAGGUGUUUCCUCUAGAUUAUAUACUCAUGUCCUGUAUUGUGGUAUACUUUGUGUUUUGUUCCAUGUCCGGAAUAAGAAAUAUUGGUAUUUGGUUUUUCUGCGUCAAAAUGUAUAAGAUAAGGGUAAGAAGAACUAAACCACAAGGAUUAUUAAUGUUGUGUAUGAUAUUAAUGUUUAUUAUACUGGCUAUCAAUAUAAUACUGUAUGAGCUUACUCCACAAUAUUCAUCAUUUGGUAGUCAACAUUACAAAUUGAAUAGUACAAAUGAAAUCAAGGCAUGUACCACAGCAGUAUCAUCAGACAACUGUACAGUAACACAAAUGGUAACCUUACUCACUUCUUUCUUCUACAAGAUGAAUUUCUUUGGUGCAGCCUAUUAUUUUGGAACAUGGGCAUUUUUGGGGGUCUAUUUAAUAGGCUUGAUAAUAGCAAUAAUCAGAGGAAGAAAGUCUGCUAUUAGUACAGAAGUUGAAGAUAGUGAUUUUGAAGAAAGUGAUGAAGAAUUAUUAACUGGAUAAAAGUGAUAUAUAUCUGGUUUUAAAGAUAAAUAACCAUGACUGAUAUCUGAAAAAUAUUUUUUCAAUUGAUUCAAAUUUAUCAGUGCUAUGUACAUGUAUUAAGUGAUUUUGUGUUCAGUUAUAAACAUAUUCAAUUUUAGUACUAUUCCAUAAAUAUUACAUGUAUCGGUAAAGCAUGAAAACAAAGUUAUAAUGUGUAUCAGACAAACAAAACCUGGUCCAUGGAGACUUAAUGCUGAAAAUAGCAACAUAAUUUGUUAACAUCAGUACAACCAUGAAAUGUGAUCAAAUCUUGAAACAGAAAUGAAGUAAUGGACUGUCAGUUGUCAUUGUAUGUGUAUUAUUAACUCUAUAUGUACACUGUUAAAUACCAUUGUAAAUAUAAUGUGAAUUUAUAUCCAAUUUAUUUUCUCAUGCCAAAACAAUUUGAAUUUCAAACAAAUUUGUGCAUACUUGUAAAUAAAGUUUAUAUGUUAGAUGUUACUGUGGCAUAGUUCUACAUUAUGUUUUAUAUUAUAUUCUUAUAAUUUAUUCUGUAAAUAAAUCAAUAAAUAAUGCAAAUCUU